AAUAUCUUGAUAUCACUGUAGACGGUGUUCUCGCUCGGCCGAACAUGUUGAAGUAUUUUGUGCUGCUGGUCGCUGCCAGCGUGUUAAUUCAAAUAUCUGUGGCUCAAGAUGCUGUAGAUGUCGUUGAAAGCUCUGACGUCGAAGAAAGUGAAUCAUCAUUAAACUCCGAAUCAUCAUCAUUAGUAAAACCAAAAUGCGGCACUCCCCGUCCAAAAUGUACUAAGAAAAACGAGCAGCUGGAAAUUUGCCCGCCACCCUGUCCAUUUAAAACGUGCGGCAUUGAUGACACCCUGAUCGACUGUGCACCAGCCCCCGUCCCUGGAGACCCUAACUGCCCACCACCAGCCUGUCGGUGCAAGUCUCAGUUCUUCAGGGACGACAAAGGAAAUUGCGUACCUUGGGACAAGUGUCCUGUUUGUCCUGCCAACGAACAGUAUGACCCUUGCGACACACCAUGCCCUCUCAGAAAAUGCGACGUCGAUCCUAGAGUCAUAAAGUGUGCAGCAUCACCCAAACUGGGAGACAAAGAUUGCGUAGUGGGGUGCCGAUGCAUUGAUGGUUACGCGAGGGAUAAGAAAGGAGUUUGCGUUCCAAGGGAACAGUGUCCUGGUUAUUGUCCUGCCAACGAACAGUUCGACUCUUGCGAUACACCAUGCCCUCUCAGACAAUGCGACGUUGACCCUAGACUCAUAAGGUGUGCAGCACCACCCAAUCCGGGAGACAAGGACUGCGUAGUAGGGUGCCGAUGCAUUGACGGUUAUGCGAGGGAUAAGAACGGAGUUUGUGUUCCAAGGGAGCAGUGUCCUGGUUAUUGUCCUGCCAACGAACAGUACGACCCUUGCGAUACACCAUGCCCUCUCAGACGAUGCGACGUCGAUCUUACACUAAUAAAGUGUGCAUUGCCACCCAAACCGGGAGACGAACUUUGCGUAUCGGGAUGCCGAUGCAUUGAUGGUUACGCGAGGGAUGCCAACGAAGUUUGCAUUCCAAGAAACCAAUGUCCACCAAAGGUACUGGAUUGCGGACCUGAUGAAGUCUACGACCCGUGCCCGGACUGUUCACCGCAAACCUGUGAGACAAUGAACGCUACUUACCGCUGCCCUCGGAGACCAGCCAACAACAUCGGGCUUGGCUGUAAACCCAGCUGUCGGUGUAAGAAAGGAUACUACAGAAACAAAAUUGGACAAUGUAUUUCUGCCGAAGAGUGCUCGAGAUGUACUGGUCCUCACGAGUACUACUCAUGCGGCGGUGCUUGUGACAACGUAUGUGAUACUAUAAGGGAACAAAAUCAAACUAAUUGCCCGAUUAUAAACGUAAAGUGCAAUGAAAUGUGCUACUGCGAGGAAGGCUACGCGAGAGACUACAAAGGAGAAUGUAUACCCAUCAAAGACUGCCCAGUGUGCCCCACAAACGAGAGAUACGACCCGUGUCCAGAAACUCUGUGCGGUCCUAAAACCUGUGACGAAGCUGGAUUCCCCAAGAAUUGUACCCCCAGAGAAGAUGGAGCCCCUUGUCCAGGGAAACCAGGGUGUGUCUGCAGGGACGGCUAUUUAAGAGACGAAAAUGGCAGAUGUAUUCAAUCGAAUGAAUGCCCAUCCUGUGGUGGUGACAAGAACGCAACCCUCGGCUGCGGAGUCAACUGCAACAGGCACUGUUCCAACGUAAACCAGACUGAAUCGCAAGCUUGCAUCUUGGUCUGCUACUCCAACGCUUGUGACUGCAGAUCCGACAUAAACGGCAGAGACUAUUACUAUGACGAUAAUCUGAAAAAGUGCGUGCUGCCCGAAGACUGCACUGUUUGUCCUGCCAACGAACAGUAUGACCCUUGCGACACACCAUGCCCUCUCAGACGAUGCGACGUUGACCCUAGACUCAUAAGGUGUGCAGCACCACCCAAUCCGGGAGACAAGGAUUGCGUAGUGGGGUGCCGAUGCAUUGAUGGUUACGCGAGGGAUGCCAAUGGAGUUUGCAUUCCAAGGAAGCAAUGUCCACCAAAGGUACCGAAUUGCGGAACAAAUGAAGUCUACGACAAAUGCCCUGAUUGUUCGCCGCAGACCUGCGAGACAAUGAAUGCUAUUUACCACUGCCCUCUGAGACCAGCCAACAACACCGGGCCUGGCUGUAAUCCCAGCUGUCGGUGUAAGAAAGGAUACUACAGAAACAAAAUUGGGCAAUGUAUUUCUGCCGAAGAGUGCUCGAGAUGUACUGGUCCUCACGAGUUCUACUCAUGCGGCGGUGCUUGUGACAACGUAUGCGAUACUAUAAAGGAACAAAAUCAAACUAAUUGCCCGAUUAUAAACGUGAAGUGCAACGAAAUGUGCUACUGCGAGGAAGGCUACGCGAGAGACUACAAAGGAGAAUGUAUACCCAUCAAAGACUGCCCAGUGUGUCCCACAAACGAGAGAUACGACCCGUGUCCAGAAACUCUGUGCGGUCCUAAAACCUGUGACGAAGCUGGAUUCCCCAAGAAUUGUACCCCCAGAGAAGAUGGAGCCCCUUGUCCAGGGAAGCCAGGGUGUGUCUGCAGGGACGGCUAUUUGAGGGACGAAAAUGGCAGAUGUAUUCAAUCGAACGAAUGCCCAUCCUGUGGUGGUGACAAGAACGCAACCCUCGGCUGCGGAGUCAACUGCAACAGGCACUGCUCCAACGUAAACCAGACUGAACCAAAAGCUUGCAUCUUGAUCUGCUACUCCAACGCUUGUGACUGCAGAUCCGACAUAAACGGCAGAGACUAUUACUAUGAUGAUAAUCUGAAAAAGUGCGUGCUGCCCGAAGACUGCACACCUCAAUGUAAGCAGAACGAAGUAUUCAGCGAUUGCGUUAACGGUGGAUGUGGCAAGCAAAAAUGUUCAGAUAUCAACAAGCCAGUAGUGUGUGUGCACCCUAAAGUGUGUAAGUCAGGAUGUAUUUGCGCACCAGGAUUCUUGAGAGCCAAAAACGGAACUUGCGUCCCAAGCGAAAAAUGUGAUCCUCCUCCAAAAUGCAAAGCGAACGAAGAAUUUUCCAAAUGUGGUCGCGAUGGAUGCCUGAAACACUACUGUAGUGAUCUUGACAUACCUCCUCUAUGUAGAGACACUUUCCAGUGCAUACCACAAUGUGAAUGCAAAGAAGGGUUCCUGAGAGCAUCGUUUGACAACGACACCUGUGUACCGAUAGAGAAGUGUCCAAGAAAAUGCAAGAAAAACGAAUACCUCUCAGAAUGUCCCGCUGGUACGUGCCAACCUAAAACCUGCAAAGAAGCUGGGUUCCCAAUACCAUGCCCUACAGUAGGCCCCGGCGUUGGACCUUGCUCUUCAGGCCCCGGAUGUCUAUGCAAUCCUGGUUACUUGAGAAAUGAUAAAGGAAUUUGUGUUCCACAGCAAGAAUGUCCAUCAUGCGGUGGCGACGAUAAUGCUGUCCCAGGAUGUGGAGGAAAUUGUGGAAACACUUGUACCACCUACAACCGCACAGAUAUAGUGUGCACCCUCAUUUGCAAACUGAACGGCUGCGACUGCAAGAAAGGAUACGUGUACGAUGGCAACGUGAAAAAAUGUGUUUUGCCGAAGAAUUGCUCACCAACAUGCCAAGUGAACGAAGAAUACUCAACCUGCGCUAAUAGUGUGUGCGGCCAGAACUGUGCAGACAAGGGCAAAAUUGUACACUGUCCAUUGAUAUCUGACGAUACCUGUAUUGCUGGAUGUGUUUGCAAAAAGGGUUACCUGAGAGCUCAGAAUGGCACAUGUGUGCUUGAAAAUCAGUGUGAAGAGCAGAUAAAAUGCAAGGAAAACGAAUACCUCUCAGAAUGCCCCGCUGGUACUUGUGAACCUAAAACCUGCAAGGAAGCUGGGUUCCCAGUACCAUGCCCUAUUGUGGGCCCCGGCGUUGGGCCAUGCUCUUCGGGCCCCGGAUGCUUAUGCAAUCCUGGUUACUUGAGAAAUGAUAAAGGAAUUUGUAUUCCACAAAAAGAAUGUCCUUCAUGCGGUGGUGACGAUAACGCUGUCCCAGGGUGUGGAGGACAUUGUGGCAACACUUGUACCACCUACAACCGCACAGAUAUAGCGUGCCCGCUCAUUUGCAACCUGAACGGCUGCGACUGCAAGAAAGGUUACGUGUACGAUGGCAACGUGAAAAAAUGUGUUUUGCCAAAGAAUUGCUCACCAACAUGCCAAGUGAAUGAAGAGUACUCAACCUGUGCUAAUGGUAGGUGCGGCCAGAACUGUGCAGACAAAGGCAAAAUUGUACACUGUCCAUUGAUAUCUGACGAUACAUGUACUGCGGGAUGUGUUUGCAAAAACGGUUACCUGAGAGCUCAGAAUGGCACAUGUGUGCUUGAAAAUCAGUGUGAAGAGCAGACUUCAUGUGGAGGUGAUGAGAACGCCGUCCCUGGAUGUGGAGUGCAUUGUGGCAACACUUGUGAUACUUACAACAGAACAGAUCCUAUAGUAUGCCCCCUCAUUUGCAACUUGAACGGUUGCGACUGCAAACCAGGUUAUGUGUUCGAUGGCAACUUGAAUAAAUGCGUUUUGCCAGAGAAAUGCACACCAACAUGCAAAGUGAAUGAAGUAUUCUCAACAUGUGCCAAUAGUGCUUGCGGCCAAAGCUGUGCUGACAAAGGCAAAAUUUUGAACUGCCCAUUGAUAUCUGAUGAUACCUGUACUCCUGGAUGUAUUUGCCAAAAGGGUUAUCUGAGAGCUCAGAACGGCACAUGUGUGCCUGAAGACCAGUGUGAACAGACGUGUCCAGAGGGUGAAAUUUUAUCCACUUGUCCACCAAUAAAAUGUGAUGCAGAAUAUUGUCCUAAAUCUAGGAACUCGUCUCUAACAUGUCCAAUCCCCAAAAAAUGCCCUUCACCAAGAUGUGUGUGUGGAUUCAAUAGACACCGGAACAGGAAAACCGGAAAAUGUAUAGCUACAGCUCAAUGUCCUCCAUUCCCCUGUGAUGGUCCAAAUGAAAAAUACCAAUCCUGUCCGCCAGUUUGCCCUGGAGAAACUUGUACUGACUAUUUGAAAAAUGCGACAUGCCCUAAAUUUAGGAUUGGCAUCGUGGUACCUUGUAAACCAGCGUGUAGAUGCUUAAAGGGCUACUACAGAAAUUCACAAGGAAUAUGCAUUUCGAAAAACAAGUGCAAAGAACAAACAUGUAAAGUGAAUGAAGAAUACUCGACCUGCAUCAAUGGUUUGUGUCGCCCCCAGAAGUGUGUUGACAAAGACAUUACAAUUACUUGUCCAAAAUAUGACAAAACUACUUGUAAAGGGGGCUGCGUUUGCAAAAAAUCGUUCUUGAGAGCCAAGAAUGGUACCUGCAUCCCUCAAGAUCAGUGCGACGAAAGUUGUUGAGGAGUUUAGUUGUUAAAUAGCUAUUGAGACUGUUUUUGGUUAUUUUUAUAAUUUUGUAUGUUUUUAUAAUUCCAGUACUUAUCCUUUUUCUUUCAAUAAUAUUAAUGUCAGUGAGUCAUAAAUCAUCUUUGUUUUCCUUCAGAACAAACCGUAAUAAAGAAUUUACUGUAAAUUGUAACUUGAUUAAAAUACAGAUAUCUAAAUCUAUGUUCUCCCGAGUAAAGUCUUCUGCUAUUUUUAAACAAAUACUUUCUUGUUGUGUUCUGCUGCCAUAUGAGUAAGGCAAACUUUUAUAAGACCAUAGUAACCAUGUUCAUUCCAUUAUCCAUUCUAACUUCAGUAAAUCAAUGUGUAUCAACAGAUAGGUACUAUCUUCUAGAAAUUCUAAGCUUUUGGCUGAAAUAAAGUUUUAUAAUAAUUUGGUUUAAUUUAUUUUAAUGAAAACCCCGUAACAUUCCUGUAUCCACUUCUAACAAGUUACGUGAAUAAUUAAUUACCAAAUUAAGCUGCAUGAUCAUAAUACGCUCACGACAUAGUACGAUCUACGUAAUCACUACAAAGCACCUUCUGAGACGUUACAAUUAAAAUUUUGUUAUUGCAGAAUAUACAGGGUGUGGUUUUGUAAAACAACGCAAAUCUCAGGGCUGGUAGUAGGCCACUGAUGCAAAAAAAUAAUAAUAAAAUAUAAAAACGACCAUACAUUUUCAUGGAAAAAUCCAUGAAAUUAGAAAAUGGUACAUCAUUACGCGGGCGAGCUAUCGGUCAGUCCUUUCUCUCUCGGGGCAGCGGUCGCAUAUGCUCGAUGGUGUAGCGGGGUACGCGGGGUUGGUGCGGGCGGUAACAAGCGCCGUCUAUUAUGUUUUAGGAGACGUUUGAACAAGGUUUUUACUAA